AUGUCUGAUACUGUCCAAAAACUAUGUCUUCUUCUGUCGCUUAUUCUCGCAUUCUCGGCGCAAGCCCACGCUUUUGGGGCGGGUAAUAUUGCAUCAAUAUCCCGCAUUGAGGGCCAGAAUUGGCGUCAUGGUGACAUCGAAGACGCAUUGUUGACACUGUUUCUGGCUCGCGUGGCCGGCGGCCGUAAAUUCAACAAACUCGACGUGCAGCGUGUCUAUUUCGGGAACUGGCUUCGCGACUACAGCCUGGCUGUUGAUGUCGGCACUUUGAAAUAUGUAGGCGCCGAAGCCAUCCGCAUCCUAAUUUGGGUGCUCGGAUUUUUGAGUUUUGGGCAAGCUACUGAAUUCCCUCACUAUGCCAGCGGCGACCGUUUAGGAUGCUAUGAGCCUACAGAGCAUAUAGACAACCCUCUUGGUUAUGCUGAAGGGAGGAUGCUCGGGAUUAUGAUCAUCGACUCAGGGGUCCAGUAUGUUGGACCACUCUCCACGCUACUCUACUAUGUAACAUGUGGCAUAAUGACGACAGAGGGUGUUGGUAUUGCUACAUCUGCAGGCCUUGCACGGCGUGUUUUCUGUCGUUCGAUUCAGCUAGGCCGCCAAUAUGCGAAAUCGUGGAAUGAUGAAGACUUGCAUGAAGCUUUUCGUCUUCUUGGAACCGGUUUGCAUUGCCUGGAGGACUAUGCAGCACAUUCCAAUUAUACAGAGCUGAGUCUUAUUGAGAUGGGUGAAUCAGAAAUUUCCCCCCAUGUCGGUCGUAAUACGAUAGUUGAGCUCCAUGGUGCGCAGAAUGACGUCUACCCCGUGGUUACCGGCACUUUCGGCGGGGUGGACUUUUUCCACUCCGUACUGGGAGAGCUUUCUGAUAAGGUCACACAGUCUGAAGUCCAAUCCUUGGAAGGUGUCAUAACUGAUUCACAGAGUGGUUCUCCUUCUGAGAGCUUCGUACAGGAUCUUCUCAGCAUGAUCCCUGCUGGAUUAGUAGACGACAGUGAAGCGCAGGCAAAUAAAAUGGAAGAAUUCAAGACACAGUCAGAGAACGCUAAGCAAUAUAGCCAAGAUGUAUCGCUGCGUGAGCUAGAAGAAUGGACCUGCUACCUGGAAGGGUUGCAUCAGAAAAUUUACCCCGUGUUGGAGUGGCAUGAUGAGAUUAUCAAGUCGAUUAAUUCUGCCAUCGAGAAAAUACCUGUUCUACCAGAAUUGGUGGAGCAAAUUCAAGAUCAUAUAACGGUCUUUGUUUUCUCUGUUUUGGCACCUUACGUGCUCCCUAUUAUCAAGCAAGUAAAGGUGGAGCUUCAAACUGGCUCCUCCGAGGUUAUUCAAAGUAGCAGAGAGCAACAGCAUAUUGUUUUUGAGAAUGAUGAAUCAUCGAACCCUACUCAUUCUAUGUUAUCUAAGGAUCAUUUUUCAAACGUUCUAAACGAACCAGCAGGUCGGGUAGCUUCCGAGGUUAUCAAGUGGACUGUGCCACAGCUGAUGGAGUGCUGGGAUAGUGAAGACAUUGAUAUAACAAGGACCCUGGACAGGAUAAUCGUGGGGGUGUUCCACCAUCCUGCCCUUCGUGAAAAUGGAGAAGAUGGCGCAGCUGAUGUACGCCAGAUCAUGUUUCAUACAGUCGAGGAAUGGUGGCAUGGCAAGACCGAGGAAGAGCAGGAGCACCUGCGCGAACAGCUCACCCGCCAAGGCGUAUUUGAAGGUAGAAACCAUAAGGAAGGUGUGCACGACACCGGCCAUGGCUGCGGCAAGCCACUUGUGUUACGCAAAGGCGGCCAUGGCAACCCCCUUGAAUCUAACGGAACUGGUCCUAGUAGCUUGGAGGAAGCUGCUGGCGAGGCUGCUGGUGACGGAACACUCAGGGGCCUGGUCAGCGGCCUUGUAAGUAGUGUUGGGUCUAUGCUACUGAAAGAUCCCGAGUCACACUCUCCAGAUGGUACAGUCAUGGAACUAUAUGACGACGAAGCAUCACUUGAAGAACAGCGGCCCCCCUGGAACGUUCAACACGAAAAUUACGAUAAAGGAGAGCUGUGUGGAGACCGUUGGAACUAUGAACACGAAUCAGUGGAGUGCCUAGAAUAUCAGAAACGAAACGAGUAUGAUCAUUUCGUGCCCCCGUUGGGUCGUAACGGCCAGACUUCUGGGUAUAACUCUGAGGAGACCUACAGAUCCAGACUUGAUGAGUAUAGCGAUGGCAAUGGGGGAUAUUGCUAUGGUUACGACGGCCGCCCUGUACGCGAUGAGCAUGAUCCUCGGCUAGAUUCUGUGCCUCAGUGCAAUGGCACUGGAGAAGGCUACGGUGGAGCCAGAGGCGAUGGGUAUGUGUCCCGUGAGGAGUAUGGUGCAGACCACUACAGCAGCAAAAGCGAUGACUACAUGAAACGACUGUACGGAUAUUGA